ACAGUACUGUAUUAUUGCCGGAAAAGUACUAUUAUUACUUAGUAGUACCGGCAUGCUCCAUGCCGAACAGUACAGUCCACUCCCAACUCCCAAGUCCCACCAGAAGGAAGCCACUAGCGAGAGGCAAAUUAAUAGAGUGGCCGAAGCUGUGAACUGAUCAUAGACGGGAGUUCCUGGCCUUGGCCGACGGCGAACCAUUCACAAUUGGUCGGAAAGAAAUGAUGAUAAUAAAUGGUAUUGAUAUCUGAUAUUUCAAAAAUUGUUCAUCAUAGAAUAAACUAUCCUUGUUUUGAGGUACACGAUUAUUAAGAAAGAUCGAAAGAAUCCAUGGAGAGUGAUAUUCUGUAUUUGUCACCUGGUAAUUCCCCUACUUAGAAAUGGAGAAGGAACAAGAACUAGAGUGGCUUGAAGCACAGAAGAUUGUCAUAAGUGAAGACCUCAUAGCAGCAGCUAAACAACAGCUGCAAUUUCUAGCAAUGGUUGAUAGGAACCGGUGUCUCUAUGAUGGUCCUGUUCUGUACUAUGCUAUUUACAGGUACAAGGCUUGCUGGCUCCCCUUGCUUGCAAAGCAAGAUGAGUCUUGGAUUUCAGAAGGCCCUUUGGUUGUGCCUCUUGAUUGUGAAUGGAUCUGGCACUGUCAUAGGCUCAACCCGGUCCAGUACAAAGCAGACUGUGAGGAAUUUUAUGGGAGGAUCCUUGACAAUCAUAAUGUUGUGUCAACCAUUCAAGGUGCUUCCACAAAGAAAACUGAAGAAAUUUGGAACAGACUGUAUCCUGAAGAGCCAUACAAGCUUGACUUGAGCAUCUCUUUAUCAAAAAAUAUUGAUGAAAAGUUUCCAGAGGCUCUUAGAUGCACAAAAUAUGAUUUGGUUUCAGCUGUUAAAAGGCAGAGCCCUUUCUUUUACCAGGUUGCCAGACCAAGUAUGAAUGACAAUCUUUUUCUUGAGUGUGCUGUGGCGAGAUACAAAGGGUUUCUGCAUUUGAUCAAGAGAAACAGAGAAAGGUCCAUCAAACGUUUCUGUGUUCCAACUUAUGACAUUGAUCUCAUCUGGCAUUCUCACCAAUUGCAUCCUGUUUCUUACUGUAAAGACAUGAUGGAAGCAUUAGGGAAGGUAUUAGAGCAUGAUGACACGGACUCUGACCGAACCAAAGGGAAGAAGCUGGAUAUUGGAUUUUCUGGAACUACCAAGCAGUGGGAAAACACAUUUGGUUCGAGGUACUGGAGAGCAGGGGCAAUGCAUAGAGGCACUGCUCCAUCUCCUGUCACAGUGAUACCUUUCACCUCAAAUCUUGUGGACAAGAAGGUAGUUUCACCCAAUGAGCAUCAGAAAAUGACUGAGCUUCCCAAGACAAAAUUUGUGGAGGUCCUUUUGGAGAUUGUGGGUAUAAGAAAUGUACCAUCUGGGCACGAUGGAAACCUCUUUAUCUCUUUUAGUAAGAAGCAGCCAGAUUUGUUCUUGAAUUCUACGAGAUGGCUCAGUAUUUUGUCUGAAUAUGGAGAGAAACAAGUUUCUGCUUUUCAGUGUGAACCCACAGGGGAGUUGUUCUUUGAACUUAUGUCCCAAUCACCUUCUGACAUAUCAAGACCAGCCAAAGUCAUGGGGACAACAUCCAUCUCUUUGCAAGACCUGCUUGACCCAGCCUAUAAACUGUCAAUGGAGAAGUGGUUUGAGUUGGCACCUCGUUCUGGCAUUGGCUCCAAGCCAAUCUAUUUGCGUAUUGCUAUUUCUGUCACUACCCCAGUACUAGCACCACAGGUGCUUAACAUGGUCCGGUCACGUCCAUGCUUGCUUAAUCCUGGUUUCUUCCCACUACCAGGAAGGGUCCAACAUGCAAAGAGCUGGACAAGCAUUGUGGAUGAAACUGGCAACGAGAUAAUGAAUAUCCAGAUGAGGGAAAAAACUGAGGUUGGAACUGAAUGUGUCACAAUGAAAGAGGUGAUUGGCAUAACGGGAUCUGGUGAAACUCAUGUUCUAGCUGAGUUUGUAGAAACAGGGUGGUCUUUGAUAAACUCUCAUGGCUCCUUUCAGCUUCAAAAGAAACCCAGUGAGGAUGGGCAUAUUUUUGAGCUUAGAGGUGACCCGAUGGUGAAACUUUUCCCCGGUAGAAAGUUGAAAUUUGAACCAAGGAACUGUGAGAGGCACAAGAGUGACUACGACUUCAUGACUGUAGUUGAAUACACAGCUGAAGAUCCAUAUGGCAAAGCCUUGGCAUUGUUCAACUUGAAAUCUGGGAUUCUCAAGGUCAACAAGGAAUGGUUCGUGUUGCCUGGGAUAACAUUGGCUUUUAUACUCUCUGACACUAUGAGAAAAGAGGGAUACAGUAGUUUCAUUGCCAACGGAGAUAACAUAAAGGAGAUGGCCUGUUUAAGUGAGGAUGCUGAGAAUCGUGAUAUGACUGAAAAGGUGGGUGCUAGCAAUGAAAACUGUGUUAAAGGAGAGUGCGAACGUUUAGUAAAGAGUGGCGCAUGUGGUGGAGGAUGUGGCAGUGGAUGCGGAGGUGGGUGUGGACACAUGAUAAACAGUAGUGCCUGUGGGGGAUGUGGUGGCGGAUGCGGUGGUGGGUGUGGGAACGCGGUAAAAAGUGGUGGUUGCGGAGGAUGUGGCGCCGGAUGCGGUGGUGGGUGUGGGAACGCGGUAAAAAGCGGCGGCUGUGGAGGAUGUGGCGCCGGAUGUGGUGGUAAUUGCGGCAAUAGCUUGCCUCAUAAUGCUUAGAAUUAAUGGCAGCGACAUGAGCCUAUGCAUCGUGGCCGUGGGUCGUAUAAUACUUUGAUUAUGCUGUUUGUACUAUCAAUUAGCUUAAUGCUUGGCCCGGUUGUAGCGGAGAGUUGGGAUCAAAUCCCGCUAUCACCAAGGUUGGUUGGGGAGGUUAUGGUUAUGGAUGGGAGACGGGCUACUCCCCGUUGUGUAGCCUCAUGAAUAAAAAUAAAUAAAUAAAUUUGUAAUAAUAAUAAUAAUAAUAAAUAAAUGUGUGGGUGUGGCUUCGUUUCA